AUGAGCAACAGGCAUCAUUUGGCAAUAGCCUACAGCCUCCAGGAGAACAGGACCAUGAGGAGCACCAGAGUUUUCGCUUUGAUUGUAUUAGUAGCGGCUGUGAAAGCUAGAGAUUUUCGUCACAAACGAGAUGUAGACCUUGAAAAAGUGGCGUCCCAUCUAUGGGAAAAAGGAGCUGGAGGAGAUCAUCAUGGUCAACAUCACACCGAAGCUGGAGGAUAUGGUGAAAAUGGAUACAAAGGGCAUCACGAUUAUAAUAUUGGUAAGAAAGGACAUUCCUUGCACGACAAGCAAAAAGGUCACUUCGGAGAAAGCGGAGGUCAUAAAGAACACCACCAUCAUGAGGAUGGUUACUUUGACGAAAAAUAUCACGGAGAAAAGGGUGAAAAUGGACAAAGCUUUGAAGAAAAGGGUAAUUUUCAUAAAGGGCAUUCAACUAAAGGCCACCAUGGAAUUCAUAAGUUAGACGAAUUUAAGAAGGAUAAGCAUUUCCACGACAAGCAUGGUGAGUCUGGCUUCGACGAAAGCUAUGGUGGACAUUAUAACGAAGGUGGUCAUGAAAAGGGAGGAGAUUUCCAUAAAGGACACAGUGAAGGAGGUUUUCAUGAACACGAGCUCGGUCAGAAAGGGCACCAUGAGAAAGGCGGAUAUCACAACGAUAACAAAGGCCAUCACGACGAAGGCAGUGACGAAGACUACUGGAAUCACCAUGCUCUUAAUGAAGACAAAGGGAAUCAUGAAGAGCAUAAAGGUUGGGGAUGGAAAGGUCAU